UUUUCUGGUGCAGUGGAGGAUUGUUUUGCCGACAGUGAAAGGGGCAACUUAACGCAGGAUGUCACCAACUGGAGAGAUUCAGGACGCACAGCAACAGACCAGGAUGGGAGCAUGCAGAUGGCAGAUAUGCAAGAGGCACCUCUUAUCAAAAUGGAAAAUCUUGACACCAGUAGAACGGAAGAGAUUGUCCAACUGGUCAGUGACAGCAGUGAGAAGAUCAUUGUGGCAGAACCAGGUGCUUCAUCAUCUACUGAAAUCACAGACCUUCUGGACCAGCAGGGCAACAGACACAGAGCUCCAGACACCUCACUCAAUUUAGAACCUGAAAACCAGACGUUCCAUCAUCCAGCAUCACAAUACAACAGAGCAAGACAGGACCAUCCGGUUGCUGAGGGUGUGACCUGGGAAUCUGACCAUCAACCCAUAGAAUACAGCCUGUCCCAAUGGACAGAGAACCAAGUGACUGACAACCCAACUGUGAAUGUUCCUCACAAUGCAGGGCCAGACUCCAAGAGGCUGUCUGGACAUCCAGAGAGGAGAGGGGUGUCUGGUAACUCUGGUGUCUGCAUGUCUGCUUUGGUCUCUCUGGACUGGCUGCCUGAUGUGGUGAUGGUGGACUCAGUUCCCAUUAAAGUGGAGGCAGAUAUGAGUUCAGAAUGGAGCAUAACUGGCCAAGAGGCGACAUCUGGAGAGGUUUGUUCAGACAGCAGGCAGCUUGUGGACAACAGAGGAAGAGGGGGAAUGGAGUCUGGACAGACAAAGUGUCUCCCUGACACUCAACAUGCAGAGCAAGGGACAACUGUAGGACCAAGGUCCAAGAUGUCAGAUUUCAACAGACUGCCCUCCCUAAACAGCUUUUCAUCCCCAAGUGUUACUCUCCUCCAGGUUCCCCAAAGAGGGAAGCCAGCUCCCUUCCCAAAUUUCAACAUAAGUGCCACUUCUUCACCGAAAGGCAUAGAAAAGCAGCCACAACAGCUGACGUCUCACUCCACCAAGAGGCAGCUCCGGUGCAGCCUCUGUGGAAAGCCCUUCCCUCAGCCGGCGCACCUGCGGAGGCACAUGCGGGUCCAUACGGGGGAGAAACCGUACGACUGCAGCCACUGCACCAAGCGCUUCUCCCACAGGCACCAGCUGAAGAUGCACGAGAGGGUGCACACCGGAGAGAAACCAUUUCAUUGCAUCUACUGCGGGAAGUGCUUCACCCAGUCCGGCCACAUGAAGAAGCAUCUCCUCGUCCACACUGGCGGCAGGCCACAGGACGUUGUGCUGCCCUGAGUGUUCCAGGGUGAAGUUCCGACUAGAUACAGAUCUAGGAUCAGCUUCCUCUCCCCCAAUCCUAACCUUUACCACUUGUGGGAAAAAAUGCUAAACUGACCCAACAUCAGCAUCUAGGGGCAACUUCACACUUCUCCACCCGGCGUAAUGCUAGGCAGUGCCAGGAGUUUUUCCUCACCACGUGACAAGACCAAGGAAAAACUCCUGGCCCUAGUUGUAAGGGGAAUGGCUCCACACUACUGGGGUUUUCAUAUGAACACUGGGUCCAUGUGUUUUUAACAGUUUGGAUGUUUUCCACAUUGAACAUUACCCUCUGUGUGUAGUGGUAGUGUUUUCAGUUCAGCUAGCAUGAUGCUUGGUCCAGAGUGGAUUGAUAAUGUAGAAGUUAUUGCAGGUGAAGAUUUUAAACAUCCUUAUGAAUUUGUAUUGAUGCAGUGGUGAACCAAAGAACAGCAAUUAAGAAUUCAGGAAGCUCUGGACAGGUGCCUGGGUGAGCAAAGCCUGUUGGUGGUUGAGAGCUCGUUGCUCGGUUCCUCUCUUAUCUGAACACAGGAAAGAGGAGGAAGGUUCAGGGAAGAGGGCAAUGGUGACCUCUUUUCUGGACAUCGACAUGGCAGAAGAGCAAAGCGACAGUUUCACGGACACCAACACAGUCCUGGCACUGUAAAUGGACAUGGCGACCUAGCUGGUGCAAGUAGAGAGAGUGCUGACUGGAAUGGUAGGCUGUCAGGGGUUGGGUUUAUAGAACUAUCUUCAUACCCCUUUACCCUCUUCAUCAUAUUCAGCCUCGGGAAACAUAUGCCGGUUUUUGAGUCCCAGAAUUAGAAUGAAUAGAAUUCAAACCCAUUCAAUUCAAUCAGAAUUCUCUCUGGUUUAUUCCUUUCCAUUCUGACUGUUUUGAGCAGGCUUGACAGGUUAGGAUGUGCACCAUCACUGUAGACCUGGGGUCUUCAACCUUUCCUUGCCCAGGGAUCCCCGCCCAGGCAAACCGGCCCACCAGGGAUCCUCAUCAUAUGUUAGCAAAACAUUUUUCACAUGUCUUAUCAUCAGAAUGGCAGGGAGAAGUUAUCAACAUUUUAAAAUAAAUAUAAUUUUGAAAGAAUUUUUACCUUCCCACAUUAUAAUUGGAAGAGGAACUCAUGAUAAGGUCAACGUGACAAUGGGUUAAGACUGUGUUAGCCUGUUGAGCUAAAGCCUAGGCAUUGGUCCUGUGACUUGGAUGAGUCUUCAAGGGGGAGGUAAAAUGAGGGUGAAGUCUAACAGGUGGUUUGGUGACCACGCUUAUGUGAUAAGUGACUUGUCACAAAAGCGGAGCCCUGGGUUAAACUUAACACGUCUUCAGCCAGGUUGCUCAUCACAUGCAUGGAUCACCAAACCACGUCUGUUGCACUCUCAUUAAAUGGGUUGCACAGAUCAUUCUGUUUCUGUUUGCCACAGAAAGUGGUCUUGUGCAGGAGGCCUGAUAUGAACCCCAAUCAGUUAAAUUGGUGCCGUGAUCUCUGAGUAUGAGGUCAAAGGGGGGUGAAAUUUAACCGAGGUGGUUCGAUGAACCACUCUCUUUUUAAGAGUAACCUUGCUGGAGACUUGAAGACUUGUGUUAGCUUCCUGAACUAAUCCCUAUGGGCUUUAGUUAAGUGGACUAACACAGUCUUGUGAUAUGCAGGAGACCUGGUUCUAACCCAGUCAGUCAUAAGAGCAAGAUUAAACAGGGAGUGGAAAGGCUGUGCUUAGAAGGGCUGUGACGGGGCAAUGUUUACUUAUGGGAGCCACUUUUUUGUGUCACUCCCUUCUAAUGCAGCAUGUGAUCGUCAUAGAGGGGAACCGAAGACAUGUCCAUAUUUCAGGAAUGGGGUCAUAAUAGUUUAUAGCCAAAACGGUUCAAACGCUAGAGCCAAAUUAAUAGGAAGUAAAUAAAUUCAACAUGCCACAUUGGCUUCAGAAACUGCCAAAAGCUUGUUUACUACAGAGAGCGUUUGAUUCUUUCUGUUCUUUACUUUUUUACUGGCUGGCAAAGUACCCGGAUGUCUCUGGUUUUGAAUCUGAAUUUAGAGAACUGAAUUUAAAAACUAAAUGUAAAUGCAUCUAAGAAGUUGAAUAUGACAUUUUCAUAAACUUGAAAUUAUUGUUUGUAAACUUGAUAGACAAUUAAUGAAAUAUCUAUCAUAUUGAAACUGAAUAUAUAAAUAUUGAAUUUGAAUAUUCAAUAAAAAAAUAUUUUACUGAAUGCUGUAUGUUC